CCCAGUCACGUGACACAUGAUCCAAAAUGGCAACCUUCGUGUUUUGAUCAUACCUCAGUGGUUUUGAUGAAUAAUACUUUUGUGUUUGUUUCAUUCUUCGUAUAAUUCGAAUAGAUACCACUCAAUUGAGGAAACGCACGCAUCCUCUUUUUUUUAAACUUCGAGGCAAUCAAGAUAAAUUGCUAUUUGUUUCACGAGUUAGACUAUGCACAUUUGGUUCUAUUAAACAGAUAGCUAGCUGGCUGGCAAAAUUAGUAAAGCUAGCUGAAAAUAAAGGGAAAACGAUGGAGGAGUUGAGUGCCGACGAGAUCCGCAGAAGGAGACUGGCCAGACUUGCAGGAGGGCAAACAUCCCAGCCCAGCACCCCCCUCAGCACUCCCCUGACGUCCCCACAGAGAGAGACGCCCCCUUGGCCCCUUCCUGGGACCUCAGGGGCCACACCCCAGCCCCUACCACCAGCCGCCUCACAUUCACUUGGGCUCAAUGUCCAGAGUGUCACCCCCGCCACCUCUCCUAUUGGCGCAUCUGGGGUGACGUACUGCAGUCAGAGCAGCGAGGGAGUGAGCUCCCUCUCCAGCUCUCCCUCCAACAGCCUGGAAACCCAGUCCCAGAGUCUUUCCCGAUCCCAGAGCAUGGACAUUGACACAGCCUCCUGUGAAAAGAGCAGCAUGUCCCAGGUGGAUGUGGACUCAGGGAUAGAGAACAUGGAGGUGGAGGACAGUGAUCGCAGGGAGAAGAGGGACCUGGCUGAAAAGGAAUCCGCUGAGAACUCAGAUGUCUCUGAAGAGCAGGCUCUGCAGCUCAUCUGUAAGAUCCUACGCGUUUCCUGGAAGGAGCAGGACAGAGACGUAAUUUUUCUCCCCUUGCUCGCCGCCGAGUUCCACCAGAGCAGCCUCAAAGACGUUUUCUCUGACUUCAAAGACCUGAUUGGCCAGAUCCUGAUGGAGGUGCUCCUGAUGUCUACCCAGUUGCACGUCCAGAACCCCUUUGCCAGCCUGACUGCCACGUCCGAGCCAAUUGCUGCUGCCAAAUCUCUUGACCACCACCUGACGCUGAUCCAGCCCUCCAGCCAGGGCAGCAGUCCCAUGGCCCCCUGUGCAGGCUCGUUUGGGGCCAGCUCUUUGUCCAGCCUGUACGGGUGUAGUCCGCACUCGCUGGCUUUGAAUGCAGCCAGGAUGAUCUCUCCACCUCUCCCCACCCCCACCAGCCCAUCCCUGCAUCCAAUGGUAGCCCCAAGUCCCCCUUCCAUGGCCUACCCCCCUAGGCUCUCUCUCAACCUCCCUUCCGCCCCUCUGCCUAUCUCCCAGCGCUACCGGCCCUACUCUGUCACCUCUCCCUUGGGGAUCUCCACCCCCCCUAGCCCCAGACUGGCUAGCCUCCCUGGGCUUUCACGCGGCCCUAUCACUGAAGGUCUCCCGGUACCGCCCAUCAUUCUGGCCCCGGCCCCGCCACUACCAACUAGCCCCCAGUUGGUUCCCCUCCCCUCUACUAGUCCUCAUCCGCCCACCUCCAUGCCCCUCCCUCUGGUACCCCCAUCACCCAGAUCAGCUGCCCGAGGAGCUGCCCUCGCCACCCGGAUCCCGUCUAGCCCCCUAUCCCUCCUGUUCUUCGCCCUCUCUGAUAUGUCUCAGGACAGCAGUGAAGAAGAGCCUGAGGAUGAGCAGGAGGAAGAUUUUACGCAGGUCCAGUUUGGGUCCAGUCUCGGUGUGUCCGGAGGGGGAAUGGCCUGGGAAUCCUGCGGCGACCGGUUCACCAUUGAAGCGUGCAAGGAGACAGAGAUGCUCAACUACCUCAUCGAGCGCUUUGACAGUGUGGGCAUGGAGGAAAAGAAGGCGCCCAAGAUUUGCAGCCACCCCAGUGUCAGCCAGCUCCUCAGCAACAUACGCUCACAGUGUAUUUCCCACGCCGUUCUUGUCCUUCAGGGUGCCCUCACGCAGCCCAGGAGUACUCUGCAGCAGUCCCUGCUGGUACCCUACAUGCUGUGCCGUAACCUGCCGUAUGGCUUUAUCCAGGAGCUGGCCCGCAUUACCUACCAGGAGGAUGAGGUCUUCAGACAGAUCUUUGUUCCAAUCCUUCAAGGGCUUGGUCUGGCUGUGAAAGAAUGUUCCUUCGACAGUGACAACUUCAAAUUCCCCCUGAUGGCAUUAGCUGAGCUAUGUGAAAUCAAGUUUGUGAAGACUCACCCCAUGUGCAAUUUGAUGACGUCUUUGCCCCUGUGGUGUCCUAAGUCUCUGAGCCCGGGGACUGGCCGAGAAGUCCAGAGACUCUCCUUCCUGGGAGCAUUCUUCAGCCUGUCGGUCUUUGCAGAGGAUGACUCCAAAGUUGGUGACAAGUACUUCUCAGGCCCUGCGAUCACCACAGAGAACACUCGUGUGGUCAGUCAAUCCCUGCAGCACUACCUGGAGUCAGCCCGGGGUGAAAUGUUUAAAAUCCUCCACAACAUCUUACUGAAUGGAGAGACAAGAGAGGUAGCUCUCAACUACAUGGCAGCUCUGGUCAACCGCAAUGUGAAGAAAGCCCAGAUGCAGACGGACGACAAGCUGGUGUCCACAGAUGGCUUCAUGAUCAACUUCCUGUCGGUGCUGCAGCAGCUGAGCAUGAAGAUCAAGCUGGAGACGGUGGACCCCUAUUAUAUCUUCCACCCCAGCUGCCGCCUGCAAGUCAGCCCCGAGGAGACCCGGCUCAAGGCCACCAUGGAAGAGCUCAAGACCUGGCUGGCCGAGAUGUACAACGACCCCUCCAAGUUCUCUGAGCCCAAGUUCCCCACAGAGUGUUUCUUUCUGACACUGCACACCCACCACCUGUCCAUCCUACCGGGCUGCCGACGCUACAUCCGCAGACUGAGAGCCAUCCGCGAGCUCAACAGGACCGUGGAGGAGCUGAAGAACAGUGAGAGCCAGUGGAAGGACUCUCCGCUGGCCAGCCGUCACCGAGAGAUGCUAAAGAGAUGCAAAACCCAGCUCAAAAAACUGGUGCGCUCCAAAGCCUGUGCCGACGCAGGGCUUCUGGAUGAGAACCUUUUACGCAGAUGUCUGCAGUUCUACAGUAUGGUCAUUCAGCUCAUCCUACGCAUGGUGGAUCCCGCCUACCCACACAUGAGUCUACCGCUGAAUCCGGAGAUUCCCAAAAGCUUUGCUGCUCUGCCGGAGUUUUACAUUGAAGAUGUGGCCGAGUUCCUGCUUUUCGUUGUGCAGUAUUCCCCUCAGGUCCUGUAUGAGCCCUGCGUCCAGGACAUUGUCACUUUUCUGGUGGUGUUCAUCUGCAGUCAGAACUACAUCCGGAACCCCUACCUGAUCGCCAAGCUGGUGGAAGUGCUUUUUGUCACCAACCCGGCGGUGCAGCUGCGCACCCAGCGCUUUUCCGAGAUGAUGGAGAACCACCCCCUGUCCGUCAAACAGUUGGUCCCGGCCCUCAUGAAGUUCUACACAGAUGUGGAGCACACCGGUGCCACCAGCGAGUUCUACGAUAAGUUCACCAUCCGCUACCACAUCAGCACCAUCUUCAAGAGCCUCUGGCAGAACAUGGGCCACCACGGCACAUUCCUGGAGGAGUUCAAUUCUGGCAAGCAGUUUGUGCGCUACAUCAACAUGUUGAUCAACGACACCACCUUCCUGCUGGACGAGAGCCUGGAGUCCCUAAAGCGCAUCCAUGAGGUCCAGGAGGAGAUGAAGAACAAGGAGCAGUGGGAUCUGCUUCCCAGGGAGCAGCAGCAGAGCCGCCAGUCCCAGCUGACCCAGGACGAGCGGGUGUCGCGCUCCUACCUGGCACUGGCCACAGAGACUGUUGACAUGUUCCAUAUCCUUACCAAGCAGGUCCAGAAGCCCUUCCUCCGGCCCGAGCUGGGGCCUCGUCUGGCAGCCAUGCUGAACUUUAACCUCCAGCAGCUUUGCGGGCCGAAGUGCCGGGACCUGAAGGUGGAGAACCCAGAGAAGUAUGGUUUUGAGCCCAAAAAGCUCCUGGACCAGCUUACUGACAUUUACCUGCAACUUGACUGUGCCCGCUUUGCCAAGGCCAUCGCCGACGACCAGCGGUCGUACAGUCAAGAACUCUUUGAGGAAGUUAUUUCCAAGAUGACGAAAGCCGGCAUCAAGUCUACCAUCGCCAUUGAAAAAUUCAAGCUACUAUCGGAGAAGGUGGAGGAGAUUGUCGCAAGGAACUCUCAGUCCGAAAUGGACUACAGUGACGCACCUGACGAGUUUAAAGAUCCUCUGAUGGACACCCUAAUGACAGACCCUGUGAUAUUGCCCUCUGGGAACAUCAUGGACCGAGCCAUCAUCCUCCGCCACCUUCUCAACUCCCCCACUGACCCCUUCAACAGACAGCCGCUCAACGAAAGCAUGCUGGAGUCACUCCCUGAACUGAAGGAGAGGAUCCAGGCAUGGAUGAGAGAGAAGCAAGGCCAGGGACGUUUCCUCUAAUGACAGCCCAACUUCAACCCACCCCCCCGCCCCGCCGUCAGUAAGGGAUGUUACCACCAUUAAUUCACCAUGCCUGAAGUAAAUACCAUCAAGAACGGGGGGAAAACUCAAGAUAAAUAAAUGAAACCUGAUUUUAUUUUUCUUCCCUUUAUCCUUAUUUUCUCGGGUCAUCAUCUGAAGGCCCUUAGCUCUAAAAUGAAACAUAAUAAAGUUAAGACUUUUAAAAGGUUUGUGCUCAUGACUUUGUGUAUAUAUGUACGUAACACUGCAAGGAUAAGCAGCUGUCACAGGUCUUAGCAGCAGAAUGCAUUUCUUCAUUCAUUGUUUAUUUUCCCUCGGUUUUGUGACUUUAUGUAUACUUUGUUAGAUUAAUUAUUACAUUUCAGCUUUAUGAAGGGACGGAUGAUACAUUUAGGAUUGGGAUACAUUUUGGUUGUCUUGGUGGUAAAACUUUAAACAAGACAUUGAAAAGAAAGUGGCUGAACUAAUUCACAAUAUUGUUUAUCAUAACCAUACAGUUUACAGUACAACAUGCACACAUCUUGUGCCGUUUGCUGACGAGGCUUGGGAAAUGAGAAUACAUAUUUAAAAAUGUAGCUUGAAAUGAACGUGCUAGAUUGUCUUGUAGACAAACAAAAACUAAUUGUGGGCUUAAUUUGAUGAAAGUGGUAAGUGAAGCAUUAGUUUAAAUUAUGUAUGGUUGGUUAGUUUGGUUGUCUCCCUGUUGAUGACAGACGAGUGAAUACAUUUUUGUUUGCAUGGCCUAUAGUUCAAAACCUCCCAAGCGCCUCAUGGCAAACCCUCUUACGAUGGAGCAGAACGGUCAUAAGACAAUAUAAAGCAUCUUUGUAGCAUGAACACCAUUGGAAGAACAGCAGGAUAUAGGAACACAUCUCCCACAGCAGGAUAUAGGAACACAUCUCCCACAGCAGGAUAUAGGAACACAUCUCCCACAGCAGGAUAUAGGAACACAUCUCCCACAUCAAGAGGUCUCUCAAAGCUCACUGUUUCUUAAUCCUUACCCAGGUUGCUGACUUAAAUGCCCAGACCCAAUUCGUUCCGUCCCUCUCCUCCUUAGCCCUAACCCUUCGAAGUUUGCCGAUCUGAAGGGUCUGAAAAGGUAUUAACUGUGUAGUGUAUAUUGCAUUUACUUUAUGGAUCUGCAAACAUCGAAGGGGUAGGAAGUGAAUUGGGAGUGGCUAACUGUAACUUAAGGCUCGCACACAUCUCACCAAAUGUUGAUCUCAAUGUUUUUCUAUAUGUAAAAUCAGUUUGCAAAUUAGGUUGAGGUGCCAAGUGCUCUCUGCCAGCAAAUGCUAUUUGUGCGUCUGAGCCCUGAAAGGAAAACUCUACUCAGCAAAAUGCAUCAACAUGACGUGGCAAGUGACACUUUGCUUCUUGAUAGUCCAAUAUCUUAACUUGACUGCUGAUAUGCUAAACAUUUUGUGACUGUAUCAACAAUUGACUAAUGGAACAAAAUGCCAAUAUAGUUUGAGUGGAUUUUUCCUUUAACUGUACAGGAAUUUGUUUAUUUUACCCACAUACCUGUUUUGGAAUCCAGGACUUUGAAUUGAAAUAAAUGAUGAUGCACACAG